AUGACGAGAACGCCGUGCUGCGAAAAGGCGGAGGUGCGAAAGGGGCCGUGGACGCGAGAAGAGGACGAACUGCUCGUGAAAGCUAUCAAGGAGCACGGCGAGGGGAACUGGAGCGCGAUCCCCAAGAAAGCUGGGCUGAUCCGUUGCGGGAAGAGUUGUCGCCUCCGGUGGGCCAACUACCUCCGUCCGGACUUGAAACGUGGCGCAUUUUCGGCUGAAGAGGAGGGGCUGAUCGUGCGGCUGCACAAGGAGAUGGGCAAUCGAUGGGCCAAGAUCGCCCUCGAGCUGCCCGGACGCACGGACAACGACAUAAAGAACCACUGGAAUACGAGAAUAAAGAAGAAGCUGCGCGAGUCGGGGAUCGACCCCGAGACGCACCUUCCGCUAGCGACACGUUUGGCAGAUGGGAUGGCGCUCAAUGCGAUCAAACGUCCACUGCCCGCAACACCUAUGCCUGUUGGAUCGACCUAUCCGCUUCCGCCUUCGAAGAAACAGUGCCUCGAGCCUGCCGGAACCGCAGCAGUUCCCGCUUGCGCCAUUCCCGCACCGCAUGCGCAAGCGCAAGCGCCGCUUUGUCCGCCAUCCGCGUUCGCGGCCGAGAUCGUCACUACUGCUGAUGAGGUGAAAGCGGAUCUUGCUCUUCUUCAAGUUGGGAGCGCGUCCGCGCAAGCGCAGCGCGGAAUGGGGUUCCGCAGCAGCAGCUGCAGCAGCAGCGACGAAGAUGAGGAGGGUGAUAGCGACGGUCCGAGCCUAGUCGAGCACGAUGGCGAAACUGAAGCUGGCUCGCCGACAAGCGUAAUCGUUUCGCAAAUCGGCGCUCGUGCUCGGGUAACGGCGACGGAAGCAGAUGCGGGUUUGGGUUUGUCUGUGCGUGCGGGAGGAAUCAAGGUUGAAAAGAGUGGGGCAGAUGAGAAAAACGAUUCGCUUGUUUCGGCAUCGACGGUUCACCUGAUGGUUUCGCAGAACGCUCAAGCCGCGAACUCGCUGUCGCCAGCUGGCGCUUUCGCGAAGUCUCGUUCGUUCAAGGUUCCGCCUCCGUCACUGAUCAUUCCGUGUUCCGCUUCCGCGGACGAGGGGGAAGUUCGGGCGGAAGUUCCGUUCGCACCAGCGGUACCGGCGAUUGGCGGAGCUGUUUUGGCGAGCCCCUUCAUGCUCCGUAACUGUUUAUGGGACAGCUCCGAUCUCAACUGCCCUUGGGCUGAUGACCUGGAUAUGGACACGUCAGCAGCCCUUCCCGUACUGCCUAGUCCAAAGUUCAUCCCGCUCACUCCAUCCAGCACCGCCUUUGGGAGUUUCAGCUUCGCCGAUCUCACCGCGUUCGACCAUCUCCCCCAGCCACUCAGCGACGGCCACCUGGCGCUCCACUCCGUCAUGGACGGCUCAGAUUCGCAACGGCUAGGAGGCGCGAUGAGCAGAUGCGAGGGGCUGGGAUCCGCGGGGGUGGGCAGCGGUGCAGCAGCAGCAGGGGAACUGGUUCCCAUGGCGCUGGUUUCCCCUCCUCUCCCAGGCACCGUCCCCCUUCCCUCAGGCGCUCUAGAUGGGCUUACUCUAGAAGCGGAGGAAAAAAUCCACAUGGGGUUGGAAGGGGAGGACCUGGGGUUGGGGGACAGUGCAGGGGACGAUGGGGGGAAUGACGUGGCUGAUAUGGGGGAGGAGGACGUGGGGUUGGACGCGGCUAUGUGCCUGUCGCCAGAGGAGUUUGACUCGUUUGACUUGGGCCUGCCGCCCGCAUUCAUGAAAGGUGGCGAGCCCGGCAGCAGCCCCAGCAUAUGGCUGCCUGGGGGAGGGGACGGAGAGCAGGAGGAGCAGGAGGGCCAGGAGGGAAAGGAGGGGAAGAAGGGGAUGCAUGGGGAACCACAGGUGGAGGGGCUGGUCAACGAGUGGAGUGGGAGUGGAUAA